AUCCAGCUCAUAGCUGAGGAUCGGUACAGCAGAGCAAUCUUCCUCGAUAUCCAUAAAGCCUAGAGUGUCAUCUGCCUCCUGUGUGCAUUUCUCAUUCCCACAGGAUAUGAAGCGUUUUCUACUGGAGCAGUGACUCCAAGAUAAUGGACUUUUGUGUGCAGUAGAGGACAAGGCUGUCAUCUGCUAAACAAAAGGCCCCUGUGAGCAUCUGUCUGGAAUGGAUGGCCAGGUGGAGGAGCUGAAUGGGACUGAGCUGGAGGGACAGAGCUUUCUGCACUUUAACCCAACAACUCUUUCCACUGAUGCUGCUGCGGCCUCAUCUAGCCGCACUGAAAGUGUCUACGUCUAUCUUUCUAUUUUCCUUAGCUUGCUGCUCUUCCUCCUCACCCUCCUUGUCAUCACCCUGCACAGGCUGAAAAACAUCAUCUCUUCCAGUUCGUCCUAUCCAGAGUACAGCAGCGAGGCAGGCAGUUCAUUCACCAACAUGGAGAUCUGCAGCCUGUCUUCACAGAGAUCAACAGUGUCAUCGUUGUCCUGAUAACACAUAAUUUUAACAAAAAAUGCCAGUUAAGAUUAUAAUAAAUGCAAAUGUUUUCUAGCAUUAAAUCAUUAUUUUUAUGACUUAUUACUAUAAUGAUAGUCUUAUGUGACAGACCUUAGAAACAACCAAUAAACACAUUUAAACCAGUAAUACACAAAUAAAAAAUAAACAAAAGCUACUGUUUGAGCAAACAAUUUAAUUUUGGAAAAACAUUACAAAUAAAAUGAACCACUUACUCUACUUAAUAAAGAAUACAAUUGAGAUAUGUGUACUGACAUCACUGUUUACAUUUAAGGAACAAAUUUCAACCAUAAGACUUGAUUAAAAGAUCUUUAAUUUUAACAAAAAUAAAUAUUCACUUCAGUGUGUUCACACUUUUGACCGAUACAGUAAACUUACAGCUUGUGACCCAGAAAAAAAAAUUAAAUAAAAAAGGUUUCAACUGUAGCUGUCAAGUGUAUAAAUGUAGGUGAUU